ACUCAUGUAGGCCGAGAGCCCGAAAGAAAAGAAUGCCUCACCCACCCGUAUUUCGCCCCAAAUCGCUCGAUUUCCUUUUUAGAGCCAGGAUUGAUUGCCCUAAUUCGAAGAAAUAUUUUCCCUUUUUAUUUUAUUUUUUUCCUUUUCUGUUGGCAAAGAUUUUGUUUCCAAUUGAUCGUAUCGCUUAGAGGGAUCUGACUCUCUCUCUCUCUCUAUAUCUUCUGUCUCUCAACGACGAAAUCUCCGGCACAUCAAUUCGGCAAGGGUAGGCCUUGCAAAGAUUGGAGAUUGUGCUUAGCGUGCCUUUUCCAAAUCCUGGGCGCACUUGUUGGCGCUCCUCUUGUAGCACCUGUUUGUGAGUUUGGGCGUUCGCUGUUUUGAUCGACAUGGGAGUUGACUACUACAACAUAUUGAAUGUGAACCGAAACGCCACUGACGAUGAGCUUAAGAAGGCGUACCGCCGCCUGGCGAUGCGGUGGCACCCGGAUAAGAAUCCAAGUAAUAAGAAGGAGGCGGAGGCCAAGUUCAAGCAGAUCUCCGAGGCAUACGAAGUUCUGAGUGAUCCGGAUAUGCGUUCAAUAUAUGAUGAAUAUGGAGAAGAGGGCUUCAAGGGCAUGCCUCCUCCCAGUUCACAAAGUGCUACAUCGAAUAGAGCAAGUGAUCCUAAUGACUUUAAGUUUAAUCCUCGCAAUGCUGAGGAUAUCUUUUCUGAAAUUUUUGGGAGCAGAAAUCCUUUUGGUUCUGAAUCCAUGAACCGUGCAAAAUCCAUGAGAUAUCAAACAGAUGGCAAUGGAACAUUUGGUGGCUUUUACAGUGCAAAUAGUACUUCUAGACCAUAUGCUGAGGGAACUGCUGGUCCUAGCAGUGACCAGCCAAGGAAACCACCAGAUGUAGAGAGCAACCUUCCAUGCACCCUUGAAGAGCUCUACACUGGAUCUAAAAGGAACAUGAAGAUCUCCAGGAAUGUCUUACAAUCUAAUGGACGUACUAUUGUGCAAACAGAGAUCCUAACAAUUGAAAUAAAGCCUGGAUGGAAAAAAGGCACAAGGAUAACUUUUCCCGACAAAGGAAAUGAACAAGCGGACCAACUCCCUGCUGAUCUGGUCUUCAUCAUUGUUGAAAAGCCGCAUGAUGUGUACGAGAGGCACGGCAAUGAUCUCUGCACCCACCAGAAGAUCACUCUGGUUGAUGCACUUGCAGGGACUACAAUAAACAUGAAGACCCUCGAUGGUCGUGAUUUGUCAAUCAAGGUUACUGAUGUAGUGAUCCCUGGCUAUGAACUUGUUGUCGUAAAGGAGGGUAUGCCAAUUGCCAAGGCACGAAACAAGAAAGGUAACUUGAUUAUCAAGUUUGAUGUGAAGUUCCCGUCAAAGUUGAGACCAGAACAGCAAGUUGCUAUCAGACGGGUCCUAGGAGGUCUACAUCAAAUGUGAAGCACCCUGAUACAAGACUGAAAUUUAUUUUCAUCCACCUUGCUUCUUUUUACUAAUAAUUUUCCUGCUUUGUUCAUGGAGUUUGAUCUUACAUUAUGGUUUAGAUAUCAAUCCUUUAUGCUUCUGAUCUACAGCAUGGCCAUAUUCUACAUUGUUCUUUUUUGUCAUUGUUUUGGCUAACCAUUGAAGAACCAUUUUAGGUUGCAUAGAGUGGUAAAUUGUUUGCUGAUGCCUAUGGUGGAUGUUGUC